GGUACAGAGGGGGGCGGCGGGACAUUAUUUUACGGCCAUCCAUUUUAUUUUCUCGUUGACGUUCCGUUUGUGCUAAGUAGAAACUACACCCAGUUAGUAACACACGUUCACAUUUAAAUACAUCCAAAAUGGCUAACCUAUCGCUCCGUUUGGCCACCAAAAUCGGAAAACAAUUAAACAACACAUUGCCGCAGGUAAAGUAUAAUAAUUCUUAAAUUUAAUAGACUUUGCAUCACCCGAUCGCCGAAAACGUAGGCUUAAUGCCGGUCAGCUAAUAGACAUGAUCCCCAAAUCGCUGUUUCCGAUUUUCUUUUAAGUCUUGACCAAAUAUCAUCUAAAAUUAACAAUAAUUCGUUGUUUCUCAUUAAAAAUGAGUAUCCGUUUUACUUAAAAACGUAUAUUUUACGAGCUCCCUUAUAUAUAUGUAACCUUCUCGUGACCUUUAGUCAAAACUAAACUAUAUACCUUAAUUUGCCUUAUAUAACAUUAUUUAAAUAGAUUUACUUACAUAUAACAUGUAAAAUAAUUUAUCUUUACAUUUUAAUUAUUCCCGAGUAUUUACUUUUUACAAAAAUGACAAUAUUACUUUCUUUUACUAUCCAAUACAUAAAAACCUAUAUAUGUAAGUACAGAAGUAGUUAGCGAUUUUUUACCCUGCAAAAGUUUCAAUAUUUUCAUUUAAAUUAUUUAAUUGGAUAAUUGGAAUCGUACCAAAUUUAUGAAAUUCUAGAGUACAAAUUGCCUGAUUUUUUUUAUGUUGUAGAUCCUUAUUUUUAGCUGCGUAUAAAUAUAUCCCUUGUUCGAUCUUUAAUGAAUUAGAUUACAAAGCAUUUAACAGAAAAUAGUAGUAAAUUAUUUGUGUGCCUUUUCAUCCCAAAUUUUACAUCCACUCAUUGACAUUUAUUAUUAACAAAUGUACUGAAAUGGUUGGUUUUUCAUAAAAGUAGUAAUAACACUUAGCAAGUGCCACUAAUUAAAAUAUGAUAUGUGCUCAGAUACCUACCUACUCUAGUUGUAUGCUAUUUAAUAUCUCCAUCUUCAAUCAAAAUAGUAUUUGAAAAAAAAAUGUUAGGCACAAUAAGUUUAAAAAAAGUGGUGUUUUUUUUUUCUAAUGGUUGUGAUUUAACUCUCCUUCAGAAAUAUAAAUUGACAUUUGUCAUUCUACUGGAGAUUGAAUUUAAACCUGAACAAUUAUGUCUAGAAGUUAUUUAAUUUAAACAUUUUAAGUUUCUCCUUAAAAGUAUUUUAUUUCAAAGGAGAUUUCAUGGAGAUACAGGUUUUUAAUUUGCUUAUAAUUAAUUGUGUUUUAAACAUUUAGAUAAGCAAGGCUUCAUGGACCACAUCAAAACUCAUCAGCCGAUCAUUACAUAUAACAUGCAGUGCACGAGCUGCAGAAAUUUCUUCCAUUUUAGAAGAAAGAAUUUUGGGAGCUCCACCCAAGGUAUGUGAUAACAUUUAAAAAUUAAAAUUUUAAUAAAUAUACCUAAUUUUAUGUUUAUUUUAGGCUGAUUUAGAAGAAACAGGUCGUGUUUUAAGUAUCGGUGACGGUAUUGCUCGUGUCUAUGGUUUAAAAAAUGUACAAGCUGAAGAGAUGGUGGAAUUUUCCUCUGGAUUGAAGGUGUUUAUAAUUAUUAUUUAUUUAGAUUCUAAAAUUAUUAAACCAAUAUUGGGUUCUAGAAAUAUAUUAUUUUAGUAUAUUUGAUUGUCAGUGUUUUAAAGAAUUUUCUAAUUUAAUUAUAAUUAUUAGGGUAUGGCUCUUAACUUGGAGCCAGACAAUGUGGGAGUUGUAGUAUUCGGUAACGAUAAGUUAAUCAAAGAAGGUGAUAUUGUAAAACGAACCGGUGCUAUUGUUGAUGUACCCGUCGGUGAAGAUCUUCUUGGGCGUGUAGUUGAUGCCUUAGGUAACACCAUUGAUGGUAAAGGACCAUUGACAUCCAAAACUAGGUACCGUGUAGGUAUUAAGGCUCCUGGUAUCAUUCCCCGUGUAUCUGUACGAGAACCUAUGCAGACCGGUAUCAAAGCCGUCGACUCACUUGUACCCAUCGGUCGUGGUCAGAGAGAAUUGAUCAUUGGAGACAGACAGACUGGGUUGGUUGUAAAUUUGAAUACAUUUAAUUGUUGUAUACAUGUUUAAUUAAUUUUGUAUAAUCUAUAGCAAAACUGCUUUGGCCAUUGACACUAUAAUUAACCAAAAGAGAUUCAACGAUGCUACUGAUGAAAAGAAGAAAUUGUACUGUAUUUAUGUUGCUAUUGGUCAAAAGAGAUCGACUGUUGCUCAGAUUGUAAAGAGAUUGACAGACACUGGUUAGAAAAAAAAAAAUAUAUUGAUUGAUUGUAAAAAUAUUUAUUUCAAUUAUUUGUAUUCAUAUUAUAGGCGCUAUCAAAUAUACCAUCGUUGUAUCAGCUACUGCUUCUGAUGCCGCUCCCUUACAAUACCUUGCCCCAUAUUCUGGUUGUGCCAUGGGUGAAUUUUUCAGAGAUAAUGGCAAACACGCUCUUAUCAUCUAUGAUGAUUUAUCGAAACAAGCUGUUGCUUACCGUCAAGUAAUUAUAAUCUUAUGAUUGAUGGUUUUAAAGAAAAACAUUUUGAAAUUGAUUUUAUUUUUAGAUGUCACUGUUAUUGAGACGUCCACCUGGUCGUGAAGCUUACCCUGGUGAUGUGUUCUACCUUCAUUCUCGUCUUUUAGAACGUGCAGCUAAGAUGAGUGAAACUUUGGGAGGUGGAUCAUUGACUGCUUUGCCUGUAAUUGAAACCCAAGCUGGUGAUGUGUCUGCUUACAUUCCCACUAAUGUCAUUUCCAUCACUGACGGACAAAUUUUCUUGGAAACUGAAUUGUUCUACAAGGGUGUCCGUCCAGCUAUUAACGUCGGUUUGUCUGUGUCUCGUGUGGGUUCUGCUGCCCAGACCAAAGCCAUGAAACAAGUAAGUAGUGUAGCGGUAUUGGGUUUUAUGAAUUCAACAAAAUAUACUAUUUAUAUUAUAUCUAUUAUAGGUUGCUGGUUCCAUGAAAUUGGAAUUGGCCCAAUACCGUGAAGUUGCUGCUUUCGCUCAAUUUGGUUCCGAUUUGGAUGCCGCCACUCAACAACUUUUGAACCGUGGUGUUCGUUUGACUGAAUUGUUGAAACAAGGACAAUAUGGUAAUUAGGACAAUAAUAUUAUAAUUUCAUUUUUUAUGUACAUAUACUCUUCGUGUUUCAAGAUUUUAUAAAUUGAAUAUUAAUAUAUUCUAUUUUGAUUAUUAUUAUUUUCUAGAUCACACCUCACAUCUUGAUUUCAUUAUUUCAACAUUGCUUUAUACUUUUAUGUACAGAUUUGGUAUUUUUUCUUUUAAUUCUAAACCAUUUUAUAUUCCAGUGCCAAUGGCUAUUGAAGAACAAGUUGCUGUUGUCUACUGUGGUGUCCGGGGAUUCCUUGACAAAAUGGAACCAUCCAAAAUCACUACUUUUGAAAAAGAAUUCUUACAACACAUUAAGUAUGUAUUAUUUUAAAAUUUUAGAAUACUUCUUUAUCGAAUUACUAACCUUGGUUUUUAUUUUAGGACCUCUGAGAAACCAUUAUUAGAAAGUAUUGCAAAGGAAGGAAAAAUUACAGAUGAAACCGACGCUAAAUUAAAAACUGUUGUCAACAAUUUCUUAGCUUCAUUCAAUGCUUAAGUAUUUAAUUGUAUGUUCGUUAUGAACUCUUAGUUCUCAGAAUGUUUCCAGCUCUUUUUAUAAAAGGGUUACAUCAAUAAGCCUAUUGUUGUUCAUAGUACUAUAGCCUUUCAAUUUGUAUUUACCUUUGCCCUUUUAUAUAAGUUGAAAGACAUUUAAAGAACUGGAUUUCCACAAUAAUUAUAAUUAGUAAUAUAUGUAUUUUUUUUUUUUUUUGUCUACCUAAGUUGUUUAAAUUAUACAUGUUAGACAAAAUCAAAGUCACUUAAUAGUUAUUAUUGUUCAAAGGCAAUUUUUUUUAUUUUAACAAAUUUUUAAAAAUUACAACAAAAAAAUUGUAAAAAAAAAAAAAGUUACAAUAAUUAUUCAUCUUUUUCCGAUUUACUGAUUGGCAUAUUUUCUGUUGGAUAAAUUAUCAAUAAUCCUAAUUGUGCCAAACUUAAUAAGAGUGCCACAGAACAUUGGGUCUGAAACAUUUAAAUAAAUUUAUUAUAAAUCAUAGAUAAAUUUAAUUUCAAACUUAACUCACAAAAAUAAUAGGAUUCUGUACAUUAAUACUGUACAAAAGCCAUAAAAUACAAAGAACUAUAGUAUUUAUCAAGAUUGGUUUUGGAUGUCCUGACCAUUUUUUCGUUUUAAUAGUUUCUCUCUGUAAAACCAAAAGACUCAUUUUGAUUUAUUUAUUAUUUAUUUUCAUGUUAAUUAUUAAUUAAUUUAUAAUUUUAAUUGAUCCAUUAUAUAAAAUUCAUAUUAACAUUUUAUAUAUAUAUAUAAUACAAUUUACUUACAACAGAUAGUAAUGGCCAUCCAAUUAGUGAUAAGUGUAUGACUGAUACAAUAAUUGGGAAACGUGUUACAACUACAUCUUUUGAUUCUAUAAAUGAAUAAGACAGAAAAACUAUACUCAUUAACGCGGUUUUAAAUACUUUUGCUAUUACAUCAUUCUGUAAAAAAAAAAAAAAAAACAAACUAUUACCUAUUAAAUAAAAGCUAAUAUAAAAAAUUAAAUUAAUAAAAAUGCAUAAUUACUUUUUUAUUUGAGUAAUACCAAUAGAGUGAUAAAUAAAGUGUGUUAAUAAAUAGUCCCAUCCCGUGGACAAACAUUACAGUAGGUAAAUUUAAGAGAAACCCUUGACGACAAAAUAAUGAACUUCUGAAAAUUAAAAAAAUUACGUAC